UUUCACCUUCAGUGUCACCCUCAACCCUCACGCUCCACCAGAGCUUCAGAGCAUCGUGAACGACGACAUGAAUGCUGCUCGCUCCCAAAUGCGGAAAUUAUUUGGGAAAUGCUCGCGGUCGUCCGGUCUAGUUUCAGGUUGUUUUUGGAUAUUGUAGCUUGCUGAUUAUCGUUCCUAAUUUGGUCGCAAUCGAUUCAGUAUGUACUGUCUGUACAUGUUGGAAUCUGAGUACAAGGCUCAUACAGUAUCUCCCAACUAGUGGUAGAUAAAAAAUGGAACAAGAUUGCAGGCUGUCAUUUUCAGUUAUCUAGAGUUUGCUUCGUUCUAGCAGCAACAUAAGCUUUGCACUUGUCAGAAAUGUUUACUUGUCCCAAGCAUGUCUGCUUCCUGGAGCCGGGCAAGGAAUAAGCCCUUGGUGGUUGCUUGCGAAAUUCCUCCAUGCUUUAUCCAACAAGUGAGGCAAUCUCUUCAUAUAAGAGAAGCAUAACACAAACUCUGUCAUGCGUUACACGCACAGUCAUUCAUAGGUUCACCAUUUUUGCGGAGCACUUCCUCUUUUCUUAUUUGUUCAGGUCGCUCCUGCCGAUUCCAACGGCAUUUUGCUCAACAUCGCGUGUGCGGUUAACUCCAUCUGCAUCCUUGCCGUCAAGACGAAACUUUGAAGGCUAUAUUCCUCGCAGCUGCUCGCGUUCAUCGUUGCAGAUCUACACUACCCGGUCAUCGCCCCUAUCUCUCUCGCCGUCUUCAGCCCUCAUGGUGUCGGCCCAGCUUCCCCCGGCUGAUGUAGCCCAGCGGUCAGAGGAGUGGUUUGCUCUGCGCAAGGAUAAGCUCACCACAAGCACCUUCAGCACUGCCUUGGGUUUCUGGGCCGGCAACAGACGGUCGGAGCUUUGGAGUGAGAAGGUCUUCGGACCAACAGAUAUCAAGUUGGCGGAUGCGGCCAUGGCUGCCAUGGCCUGGGGAACCAAUCAUGAAAGCAUGGCCGUCGAGCAGUACACAAGAAUCACAGGACGGUCAGUGGGUUCCCUUGGCUUCGCAGUGCACACCGAGGCUAAAUUGGGGUGGCUCGGAGCUUCACCUGACGGCGUUCUUGGUUGUGACCCCGACGGUGGGAUCCUGGAAGUCAAGUGCCCAUACAACAAGGGUAAGCCCGAGCUUGCUCUGCCAUGGCGUAUCGUGCCAUACUACUACAUGCCGCAGGUGCAGGGGCUGAUGGAGAUCAUGGGCCGAGACUGGGUCGACCUGUACUGCUGGACACCCAACGGGAGCAGCCUUUUCCGAGUGCCUCGGGACCGCGCAUACUGGGAGCUCAUCCACGACGUGCUGCGCGAGUUCUGGUGGGGCAAUGUGAUGCCCUCCAGGGAGCUGGUGCUGCUGGGGAAGGAGGCCGAGGCAAGAUCCUUCGAGCCGCAGCCCAAGCACCGGCUGACAAAUCUAGUGAUAGUUAAGAGCAGGAAACUAGCUUCUGAAGCCAAGUUGUUAUGUAGGGAUGUUGGUGGUCAUGUAGAAUUCUUCCCAUAAGUGUAGUUCUGGCGGUGGUUGUACACUGUAUUCUGUUUAUUCGUUAAAUGAAAAUCAUGAAUUACUUCCAAA